AUGAAACACAGUGGGCACACGCUGAAACAAGGGAGGUCUGUACUGGACACAAGGAGAAACUUCUUCACCGUGAGGACAGUCAAACUGAGGAACGAGCUGCCCAAAGAGCGCAUGCGGUCUCCAUCCUCAAAGGCUUUCAAGACCUCACGGGAUAAAGCCCUGCGCCACCUGGCCUUUGCUGAAGAAAGGAGAUCUGCCAAGCAGCGACCCCCUGCCACCGUCCGGGGCUUCCUGACCGAGCAGGUGGCUCGUCUGUCAUGUCAGCACCUGUCACGACACCUUCACCCACCUGCGCAGCAGCGCGUCUGCACAGAGGAGAGAUUAGCAAGGCAUCUACAAAAAGAGGCGCAGUCUCAGCACAACAACUCGGAAUUCACAGAAGAUCAAAAGAAAACCAUAGCUAAAAUUGCAACAUGCUUGGAACUGAGAAGUGCAGCUUUACAGUCCACCCAAUCGCAGGAUGAAUUUAAGCUUGAGGAUCUGAAGAAGUUGGAACCAAUCUUAAAGAAUAUCCUCACUUACAAUAAGGAGUUUCCCUUUGAUGUUCAGCCUGUUCCACUCAGGAAGAUUUUAGCACCUGGAGAAGAAGAACACUUGGAGUUUGAGGAGGAUGAUGAGGAAGGAGGAGCUGGAGCCGGGUCUCCAGACUCUUUUCCUGCUAGAGUUCCAGGAGCCAACGAAGGUACUUUAUUACCCAGAUUGCCAUCUGAACCCGGGAUGACAUUACUCACCAUCAACAUAGAGAAAAUUGGUCUGAAAGAUGCUGGGCAGUGCAUUGAUCCUUACAUCACAGUCAGUGUAAAGGAUUUGAAUGGGAUAGAUCUGACUCCUGUGCAAGAUACUCCUGUGGCUUUGAGGAAGGAGGACACGUAUGUCCAUUUUAAUGUGGACAUCGAGAUUCAGAAACACGUUGAAAAACUAACAAAAGGUGCAGCUAUUUUCUUUGAAUUCAAACACUACAAGCCUAAGAAAAGGUUUACUAGCACCAAGUGCUUUGCUUUCAUGGAGAUGGAUGAAAUUAAACCUGGGGCAAUUGUUAUAGAACUGUACAAAAAACCCACUGACUUUAAAAGGAAGAAAUUGCAACUGUUGACCAAGAAACCACUUUACCUUCACCUCCAUCAAACAUUGCACAAGGAAUGACCCUAGUUGUGAGACUUCUGUGAACUGAACCACAAGUCACGGUAGCUGUGUGUAGUAGCCUUAGCCUUUGAGGGGCAGGAAAACGACUGUAUUCAUGCCAGUAGGUCAGACGGGACCAUCACACACUGCACAGCACUACUUCAGGGUCAGAGGCAAGCCCACCAUUCAACUGCAAGUCUUUUUCCCAGUACUUUCCAGAUACAGGUUUUUCCGAGAGCCCUGAAAUACGUUGACUGCUUUUCCUAAUUUUGCUGUUCAUCACUUUUUAUCUUAACCGUUAUUAUCCUUUUGCCUCAAACUCCAGCCAAGGAUGGAGACUGCCCCUUUGCCAAACCUGUAGCAAUAAAGAUGUGGCAGGCAUACUAACCUGUUUACACUUGCUGUGCUAUUGUAGUUCCUCUCAUCUGCAUUUCGGAGUCCUCUGUAGCGGGCUGGGUGGCAGAAGACGGGGAGAAAGAGGAGGCGGGGCGGGAAGGAGCUUGAGAUACUGCAAGUGAUUUGAAGUGAGAGAGAGGAGGAUGCUGGGUCAAGUGGGGUGGCCGCAGAAGAGCUCCUCGGUCAGCUGUUCUGCUUUGGUCGGGCCAGGAGGAGGACAACUGCAGAUGAGAACACUGAACUAUGAUUUUAACAGCCUUGCCUGACCCACUUGUACUGAGUUUUGGAUACAAUACGUGUCACAAUCCUUUAAAUCACCGUUACUCCCUAACAGAGCUAAUUUUUCUGUAUCUUGUCGCAGAGUGAUUUGCAAAGGUGGGUGGGGGGCGGAGAGAGGCUUUCUCCAGGGCUUCAUCCUCGUGGCGGUGGGUGUUUCACCGCUUCAGUGACAGCAGGACAGGCCCCUCAGUGUUCAAGCAUCCAUUUUCCAGAGCUUUUGGUAAAGUAGAUCUGGCUAGCAGGUUGACCCACCUUUUACAUGAAACUGCUGUUCUUAUGGAAACUGAUUGUAUGCAGUUUUCUGCAUAUUUUGUGCAAGUCUGGAAACUUACUCUAAAAAUUACCUUUUUAUGUAAGUAGAUAGGAUUAUCAUUUAUUUUCUGUAUUUUUGAUUUGGUGUGUAAUAAGCUGCAGGACAUUGGCUUAUUAUGACACACUUGCAUUUACCUUUUGACCUAAUAAAGGGACAGAAGUAGAACCCAGUCAAAUCUUUCAUAUAUUUGCGUGGAUAUUUAAUACAAUACUUUAAGGUUUGAUAUACUUGUUGCAUAUCUAACUAGUGCCUAAAUACUCUGCUAUGCUAACGGAAGACCCAGCUCCCAAAACAGUGUCAAAUAUUAGGUUUAUUUUAAACAGUCUGGGUGCAGAUGUAUCACCAAUUCCUCUUUCCUGUCGUGUAACCCCAAGAUGUUACGUUAUGCUUUAAUGGAAGGGAUGUUACUUUUCCUUACGAUACCGGUCUGUCUACAGGCAGACGUUCAGCAUUUUUGGCUUUACCGUAUCGAUUAGGAUAAAAAGCUAUUUUUGAAUGUCCUAA